GCGCACUUAGUGGGAAACACGAUAGAAAACGGGCAGCUAUGCCGCGCGCUGCAGAACUCGAGCUGGAUGUGACUAACGGCCGGAGUACCGGAGGACCGACACGCGGACCGGGAGGCUGCUGAGCGCCGUUAACGGACACUUUCUUCCCGGGGAUCGACUCCUCCUUAGGCCGACGAGCCGCUCCUCCUCCUCCUCCUCCUCCUCAGAGAGACUCCUCACAGCGCCAUGGACACCGUGUAGGAUCUGUCCGGUGUCCGUUAGUCGGUGGAGACUGAAUCAGUGAGCGGGGGCCGCGGAGGGGGGGUCAGGAUGGUGGUGUUGUGGCCCCGUAGAGGAGGCUCGGCCCCGGACAGCUGCUUGCUUCGGACCGCCUGUCUGCAGCUGCUCCUCUGGAUCUUAUGUUCCGUUAACGGAGAGGAGCAACCGUUCAGUGUGGAGGCGUGGCUGCAGAGGUACGGUUACCUGCCUUCAGCAGACCCUCGGAUGUCUGUGCUGCGUUCUGCUCAGGUCAUGCAGUCUGCUAUCGCUGCCAUGCAGCGCCGCUACGGCCUCAAUGUGACAGGGCACCUGAACAGGAACACAAUAGAUGACAACACGAUAAGGUGGAUGAAGAGGCCCAGGUGUGGAGUCCCUGACCUGAUAGGAGGAUCGUCGAGGUUCAGCGUGAGGAAACGACGGUACGCUCUGACUGGACAGAGGUGGCAGCACAAACACAUCACAUACAGCAUAAAAAAUGUGACCCCUAAAGUCGGGGCGGAGGAGACACACGACGCCAUCAGACGAGCAUUUGAUGUUUGGCAGAAUGUGACACCGCUGCGUUUCGAGGCGUUGCCGUACAGCGAGCUGGAGAGGACAAAAAAAGACGUGGACAUAACCAUCAUCUUCGCCUCAGGUUUCCAUGGUGACAGCUCGCCGUUUGAUGGCGAGGGAGGCUUCCUGGCCCACGCCUACUUCCCAGGACCAGGGAUUGGAGGAGACACACACUUUGACUCAGACGAGCCGUGGACACUCGGAAACCCGAACCACGACGGUAACGACCUGUUCCUGGUGGCGGUCCACGAGCUUGGACACGCUCUGGGACUGGAACACUCGAACGACCCAACAGCCAUCAUGGCUCCGUUCUAUCAGUACAUGGACACGGAGAACUUCAGACUGCCCAUGGACGAUCUGCUGGGGAUCCAGAAGAUCUAUGGUCCUCCUGAUAAACUCCCACAACCCACCAAACCUCUGCCCACAGCCCCUCCUCCUCGCUCCCUCCCCCCCUCAGACCCCCGUAAACCAGACAGACAGACGAGACCCCCCCGGCUGCCCCCAGGAGACAGACCGUCCCACCCCAACGCCAAACCCAACAUCUGUGAGGGUGGCUUCAACACGCUUGCCAUCCUGAGGAGGGAGAUGUUCGUCUUCAAGGAUCACUGGUUCUGGAGGGUGAGAGAUAACUCCGUGAUGCCAGGGUACCCGAUGCUCAUAAACGUGUUCUGGAGAGGUCUGCCCCCGAAGAUCGACGCCGCCUACGAGAACAGCGAGGGAAAAUUUGUCUUCUUCAAAGGGAAACAGUUCUGGGUGUUUAAAGACACCGUGCUGCUGUCGGGGUACCCAAAGGACAUCUCUCAGUUUGGACCCGGCAUGCCGGCUCAGAGCAUCGAGACGGCCCUGUGGUGGGAGGACGUGUCCAAGACCUACUUCUUUAAAGGGGACAGGUACUGGCGUUAUAACGAGGAGAUGAGCACCAUGGACCCCGGCUACCCCAAACCCAUCUCCGUGUGGAGAGGCGUGCCCGACUCACCGCAGGGCGCUUUCGUGGACAAAGCUAACGGGUUCACGUACUUCUAUAAGGGCGGGGAGUACUGGAAGUUUAACAACAAUCUCCUGAGGGUGGAGCCUGGUUACCCCCGCUCCAUCCUCAAAGACUUCAUGGGCUGCGACCUGAUCCCCAUCGACCCGGGCCGGCCCCCGACAGACGAUGGCACGUCGGACGUGGUGAUUGAGCUGGAGGACGAGGCGGGUACGGUGAAGGCGGUGGCCAUCGUGAUCCCGUGCGUUCUGUCUCUGUGUCUGCUGGUGCUAAUCUACACCGUGGUGCAGUUCAAGAGGAAGGGCACGCCACGACACAUACUCUACUGCAAACGCUCCAUGCAGGAGUGGGUCUGAGAGGGGGGUUGGGGGGGCUCUGCACAGACCCACCUCCUCCUGCAGGUGGUGCCUCAGCCUGUGCCCAACCCCAUCCAUUAACGGGGGGGGGGGUUUGUAUGACUUAAACUGGACUACUUUACCCCCCCCACCCUUUGACUCUGCUCUUAAUCAGGAUGGGACCUUAUGGGGGGCCCUCUCCCCCACAGGGCACAGCAUCCUCAUCAGUCAUAUCAGGUUGUUGACAAAUCAGCAGUUUUAUAUUUUAUGACACCCCCCCCCCCCCCCCCCCACAAUGGAGGAUAAACAGGACCAACCAAAACGUUUGAUAGAGGAGCUCCUCACUGAUCCCUUUAACACACACACACACAAUAACACACACACUGACACACAAUAACACACACACGAUAACACAUACAUACACACUGACACACAUGAUAACACAUACACACACACAAUAACAGACACACAUGAUAACACACACACACAAUUACACGCACACACAAAAACAAACCAAAUAAAACUCUCCAAAGAGGACCGCUUUGAUUUCUACUUUGAUUUCCCCACCGACUCCUGUUAGAGGGGCGGAGUUCUGACCAUUUGAGGCGGAGCUCUGGACGUUGGAGGAGUAUCUUUGUCCGUAAAAAAGGCGGGGCUCUGGCCGUUGGAGGAGGAGCUUUGUCCGUAAAAAAGGUGGGGCUCUGUCACCUCAAGAGGCGAGGCCAUUGACCACUGAAAAGCAUAGAUCUAACUGUUGGAGGAGGAGCUCUGACUGUUUUAGUGGUCUGUGUGAGACACGGGGCCAAAAGAUUUUGCAAUAUUGUAACUCGCCUUAAUUCUACAUCUUACUUCAUGUGCUCCGAGGUGUUUCUGUUUCUUUACUGCUCUGUUUGUUUGUUUAUAAAAGAAGCUAGCGAUGAACUUCUUGUGAUGUUUUUUUCUGGAUUGUCCUACAUUUCCCAGAAUCCUCAGCACUGGCUUGCUGAGUGUCUGGUCAGCCCAUACAGACAGGUGUGUGUGUGUGUGUGUGUGUGUGUGUGUGUGUGUGUGUGUGUGUGUGUGUGUGUGUGUGUGUGAUCAGUCUGAGUCCUGUUUUUAUUUUCUGUCCGCGGCCCAUAAUCCUUCACUCUGAGUGUUUUUUUUUUUAUCUGUGAAUUAACUGUUACAGGAGACCUGUUGACUGCCUUGUUUUAAAAAGAGCCUACAGUUCCCAGAAUGCUCUCUGUGUCCUGACUGAUGACCCACACAGUGGAGUCCAGAUCAGUGCCUGUGUCAACGUGCAUGUAAGCAUUUUCUGAACGUAGAUGCUUCUGCUCCGCCUGGCUCUGAAGAUUUCUCUGAAAAAGUACUGUUUGCAUUUGUUUUAAUACAUUUUUACUAACCCCCCCACCCCCAGCUAACCAAACUCCACCCACUGGCCCCCCUUAUUCUUACCUGCAGGUGCAGAGAAACUUUAAAGGUUCAGGUGGUACAUGUUCAAAUCUGUCAGAUUUAAUCUGCCUCUAAAGAAAAAACAUCUGUCUCUGAAUGUGUCUGUUUCCAUGACAACAUACUGUUUUUUAUUAAUAUUUUCCCAUUUUUGGUCCAAAGAAAGAUUGCUGUCUCACAUGACUUGUGUGUGAGGGUUUUGGAUGACAGGUCAUUGUGUCCUGACAGAAUGAAUAAAAUGAGGAUUAGAUUUAAA